GCUCCGCCUGCCUGGGCGAGUUUCGGUGUACGCUAGUGUAUUUAAGAGUCAACACUUGUGAUUGAAGGGACGCCGCUUGAUGACGUCACAAGACGGGACGCUUUUCUUCAUCCAAUCAGAGAAUACUAUAUUGUAGACACUAGAGGCGCCAUGUAGUCCAUUUGCGUUUCAUUUUGUUUUCUCUCUCUCUCGCUCACCCACUCACUGACACACACACACACACACUCAGACACAGUGAAAAUCAAUCUCUCAUAAAGAAUUUCAGUCUGUCAUCACACACGGAUUUAGGGAGAGAGACAUGGAGAGAGCGUGCGUAUUCAUGUUUAAUCAUUCAUCAUCUACUGUUCUGCGUCAAACUGCAGCAUCUCAUUUCUUAUGCUUCUGUGAUGUGGCUCCAAAAGGAAGAUCCUGUUAAGAGUUUCCCUCAUAAGAGCUAAUAGUAAACGCCUUUUUACUUGCAUAGCCUACCUAAUUAUAGAAAAUGACGACGAGCAUCAGAACUCAUUAAGCAUAGGCUAUAGGCUUAAACAAAAUUAACUUUUUAGAAAACCCAAUAGGCUAAGCCUAAUCAAAUAAGCAUUUUGGUCACGGCCUUGUUGUCUCAACAAUAGACCAUUUCUCAAAUCUUUGAGACCCCUAAGUGGAUUACUAGUAUUCUGGGAUUUUACAUUGCAUACUAUUUACGGUAAUUAUCACAUUAUACUGGAUGGGUUCCCCUGUAGGCCUACUCCCUGUAAAUAUGCUCUAGAUACCAUAUAAAUACUUUAAUUCUAUAUAUCGAAUGAUAUAGAAUUAUCACAUCGAAUUAAAUGUUAUAAAAUCGCAGUAUGGGGGAAAAUUACUCCGAACAUAUAUGUUAUUGAAUUUUCGUUGGGGGGCUGCCUGCCCAUUAGCCCACGCAAAUAGGAGUUUCAUUGAUCCGCGUUGUUUUUCCUCUCCCGGCUCUCUCCUCACUCUCGUCCCACGGCACGGAGAUGAGGCUGACUGAAAACCGUCUCCUCGGCUGAUGAUAGAAGCUACUGAUGAUAGAAGCCACUGUCUUCAGCUGCCUACAGUCAGAGACCUAACAUGAAUUUGGCAUUUCUUGCUGCAGCAGCCGCGCUUUUGGCUGCGAAUAUCGGCUUCUGUUAUUCCAGCAGCGUCCCUUCAUUCAUUCUGCCGUUCACUGACUGCGUCCAGAGCCGUGGGAAAGACGGUUUCUACCGAGGAGCGAUAGAUGUCACCGAGUCCGGCACCCGGUGCAUGAACUGGACCGAAGUAGCCGGCUUUAAGGAGCGCUACCCAGGCAAAGGAAUAGGAGAGCACAAUCACUGUCGCAACCCGGACGGCAGGAUCCGACCCUGGUGCUUUGUCAGGAACCACAGAGGCAGAGUGGACUGGGGGUACUGCGACUGUAAACAAGGCUCUGUGCGUCUGCAAGGAAGUCGCUCCAAGCUAGAUGGCAGGGUGGAAGUCUAUCUGGGAGGAGUGUGGGGGUCUGUCUGUAGCGAUGACUGGGGGGACGAAGACGCUGCAGUGGUUUGCAGACAGCUGGGCAAGGGGAGCUCAGGUCGUGCACGUGCAGUUCCACUGUUUCGUCCAAGCAUGGCCAAGCUCCACUGGAGGGCGGUCCAUUGCCAGGGAGAGGAGCCAGACCUGCUCCAGUGUCCUAAGACUACCUGGAAUGGAGGGGAGUGUUCUCUGGCUGCAGCCAUCACCUGUACCCAGCAGCAAGCGGUAGUCGUGCUCCCUAUACGUCUGGUGGGAGGUCGAUCGGGGUCAGAGGGCACAGUCGAGGUCUUCCAUGCAGGGCAGUGGGGUUCCAUAUGUGACGACCAAUGGGAUGACAGUGAUGCGGAGGUGGUGUGUCGACAACUGGGGCUGAGCGGUGUGGCGAGGGCAUGGGGCCAGGCACAUUUUGGCAAGGGUUCAGGCCGUGUGUGGCUGGACGAGGUGCGUUGCACAGGCAAUGAGCUCACUCUGGAGCAGUGUCCAAAAAGUGCCUGGGGGGAACACAACUGUCUGCACUCUGAGGAUGCAGGAGUGUCCUGCAACCCUCUUACAGAUGGUACUGUUAGGUUAGUAGGCGGUGUAGGCAGCAAUGAGGGACGUUUAGAAGUCUUCUACCGUGGUCAGUGGGGGACAGUGUGUGAUGACGGCUGGACAGACUCUAACACACAAGUGGUGUGUCGACAACUUGGAUACAGAUUAGGUGAGACUCUCCUUUCUGAAGGGCUAGACAUCACCCCAGUCCCACGCUUCGGGGUGGGGUCAGGUCCCAUUCUUUUGGAUGAUGUGAGCUGCACAGGGAAAGAGCCUAGCCUAUUACUGUGCAACAGGAGGGAAUGGCUCCAUCAUGACUGCACACACCACGAAGAUGUUAACAUCGCAUGCAGCCCUGAGCACAAUGGAGAGAGUCUUCCAACUAGUGUGCCAGUAAGGCUUGUGGGAGGAGAGAGCCCAAGGGAAGGCCGGGUGGAGCUCUAUCUGUCUGGACAAUGGGGGACCGUGUGUGAUGACGGAUGGACUGAUCGUGAUGCAGAGGUGGUGUGUCGACAGUUGGGAUACAGUGGGGUGUCAAAGGCCCGUGUGAUGGCGUACUUCGGGGAAGGGACAGGGCCCAUCCACGCGGACAAUGUGAAGUGCAGCGGCGAAGAGCGUUCAUUAGCAGACUGCAUCAAACAGGCACCCGGCACACACAACUGUCGCCAUAGUGAGGACGCUGGGGUCAUCUGCGACUAUGGUGAAUCGCAGCCCAGCUACAAAGAGGUCAAAGACCCUGUCAACUCAAUUUGUGGUCUGCGGCUCAAACACACUCGUCAGCGCCGAAUCAUAGGUGGAGAAAACUCUCUGAGGGGUGGCUGGCCAUGGCAGGCUGCAAUUCGUUUGCGAGGAUCUCGAGGAGACGGGAGGUUGGUGUGUGGAGCAACUCUUAUUGACACCUGCUGGGUCCUCACCUCAGCACACUGCUUCAAGAGGUAUGGAAACAACACCAAGCACUAUAAAGUUAGAGUGGGCGACUACCACUCCCUCGUCCCUGAGGAGUACGAAGAGGAGUACGCCGUUGAUCAGAUUGUCCUCCACCCAAGCUACCACUCCCAUAGCAAUGAUUACGACCUGGCCUUGGUUUGUUUGUCACCGGGAGCAGUGGGCCAGAUGCCGGGAGAGUGUGUGUCAUUCAGCCGUCAUGUUCUUCCCGCCUGUCUGCCCAUGAGGAAAGAGAGAGUGCUCAAACAAGCCAGUAACUGCCACAUUACCGGCUGGGGUGACACAGGCCGCUCAUACUCCAAGACCCUACAGCAGGCACCCCUCUCCUUACUUCCCCGUCGUCAUUGCCAGCAGCAUUUCCACAGUGCCUUCACAAGCCGCAUGCUCUGUGCUGGCAGCGUCCAGUCUGAGAGGCGUGUGGACAGUUGUCGUGGUGAUAGUGGAGGUCCGUUGGUGUGUGAGCGUCCGGGAGGGGGUUGGGUGGUUUACGGGGUCACGUCCUGGGGCCAUGCCUGCCGAACACAACAGUCCCCUGGCGUCUACACCAAAGUCUCUGCCUUCAGCUCCUGGAUACGCAAGGUGAUUGGACAUGAUGACAGAAAAGAGAAAAGGCGAUGAAAGGUGAAUGACGAACUGAAACAAUUGACCUCUCGAUCAGAAAGAAUGACUCUCAAGACUUACUCGAUUGGCCGGGUGACAACUGAUACAACAAUAUAUUUCAGUCAUGAGGCUAUGACCUGAUUAUACAGUGAUGUAAUUUAAAAACUGACUUUCAAAUGGAGAGGACAAGGCAAAGCUAGACUUUUUCUCCUAGAAACUUUUUAUAUUUUUUGGAGCGAGGAAGGCAUGUCUUUUCUCUCAUCUAAGUCAUUAGCACUUAUUUUAAUGAUUUGAUAUUCUCAUGGGCUGCAAGAUUUUGGAUGGUGUUAAAUCUCAACUCAAGAAAAUGCCAUAACUUAAAUAUCUUUUUGUUCUCUCUUGUGACAUUGCAUACUACACUAAAAUGUCUUCUUUCUUAUGUAAUAAUGUUCUCUGUGCUUGCUUUUGUUACAUAGUUAUAUUGUAAUUUAUGACAUGAAAUAUGUGAUUAAACAUGUUAAAAAGGGACCACGGUGUUAAAACAAACAGAGUAUACAUGCAUGCACUCAUGCAUACACAGUGAGUGAUGGUAUGAUAUAAAUUUACAGACUUGCACUAAGAACCCCCCUUUAGGUACUUAAUGCAUGAUAUUCAAUGCUUUUGUGUUAAGCAUUUUAGUCAUAUUGACAUUUGCCAAAGUGAAAUAUGUCGUUAAACCUCAUUUCAUUCUUCUUUAUGUAAUGUUUAUCCAUUGUGCUCUUAAGCAGAUUUCAGGUCUCAGUAAUUACUCAGGCAUUUAUAAUUUAUAUACAAUCAGUAUUUGUCCUUGUCUCAGUGCUGCUUGACAUUUGCAGAGAAAGGAAGGGACUAAAGUGUUUCUGAAUCAAAGUACACAACAGCAGUUCUAAGUGUUGAUUUGUCUUAUUGACACUGUUAAUUCACGUUCUUUUGUUCUGGUGGGAUAGUUUAGUGUUGUCGAGGUUUUGACAACACUGACAGGAGACAAUCUGGUACACUUGAAAAAAACAGACACUACACUGCCUUCUUAUUUGAUGUUUACUGACUAUGCGGUAUGUGUUAAUGUACUGUAACAUUUCUUCAUAAAUGUAGAUUUUGUAAAAAGUCUGAGUUUGUUGUUUGUUUACUUAAGAAACUUAUUUGUUAACAUUUGAGUAACAAUGAUCUGUUCAUGUAAAAACAUUUUGGUGUUACUACAUAUUCGUACUUUCUAAGUGGUUGUUGCACUUUAUAUUACACGUUCUAUCAUUCCCACAAAUCUGAAAGGUGAAGAGGUGCUGCUGGAAUGACAGAGCUCUUUCAGGUUUGUUUCUGACUGCAUACUGUCAAAGUGAGCACCACCGUGUCAGACAAUGUGUAUGCACACACACCCACAAACAGUGUCUACAGGAAUGAAAGCCAUUUUAUGAGUUGUCCUCAUUUACAAGGCAAACACAUCAUGUUGACUUGACACACAUUUGCGAACAGGAACAGUGGAAGGCUGCAUGAAAUCUUUGCAACAUAAAUAAAAAUGUUCUUAUCUUUC